AUAAUUUACCUACAAUAGUAAAAAAUAAUUCACUUCUUCCUUGCAAAGAGGUAUGGGCUUUAUUUUCUUAUUUUUGGUAAAGAUGCUUUUUUUUAUUUAUCAAAAUAUUUGCAUGGAUCAUAGUUAACAGCUAUAAUAUAUAAUAAUAUAUUAUUGAUUACAAUUGUCUAGUAGUAUUUGUAAAAAUAUUAAACAAUAAUUACUGCAGGAAUUUAAGAGCUGGAAAUAAAAUUAUAAUUUGAAAUACUUUAACCAGCUGAUUGGGGGUUGUGGCUUCUAUAGUCAUCCAGCUAAAAAUCAAUCAAUCAAGGAUCAGUAAAAUAAACAGAAAUAAUUUUCCUUUUUCAAUACAUUAAUACUUGAUAAUUAUUUUAUAUAGUAAAUAAAUAUAUAAAUCAAAAUUGUAUGCAUAAAAGUAAAAAAUAAUAAAUAAAAGAAUGAAUGCGUUGCUUGGAGUAUUAUUAUAAGUGUAUUUCUGUUUGAACCUCUAAAUAAAAUGAACGUGUCAUCAACAUAUCUAAAAUAUGUUUUUAUAUACAUAAAAAAUAAAUAUUUUAAAGAAAAUAUGUAUUUCAUAUGUAUGUAAUUUUAUUUACCAUAAUAUGACAUACAUAUUAUAAUAAAAUAGUAAAGUAAAAGUAAAAUUAUUAAAAUGGUUAAUACUCAUAAAUAAAUAAAAUUAAUUAAUAAGUCUGGAGUAUUAUGAUAAGUGUAUUAUACAAUUAGUUUCAAAUUAAAAAUUCAUCAUCAGGUAUAUCAUGGUCAAAAUGUAAAAAUCAACUGAAUAUAAAAAAUUAAAUGAUUUAAAACAAAAAUAAAAAAUUUAAAAAUUGGUCAUUUUGCAUAGAAUAUUGAAAUUAUUUAUUUUAAUAGGAAAGAUUAUUUAAAAUAAUUUAUUAUUAGAUAUUAGAUAUAGAUAUGUUAAAAAAUAUAAAUUAUUUGGUUAUUAUUUAUUGUCUAAAAUGUAUUGAUAUAAGAUAUUACUUUUAAAAUCAGUUUGAACAUUUAAAAUAUUAUUAAAAUUAUUAUUUUUUAUUUCAUUGUGCAUGUGUAAUUUUUUUAAAACCGGUUUAAUGUAAAUGUUUUUUGGGGUAUUUAAUAUGUCUAAGUCUGUAAAUUAAUAUCAAAACUUAUAUUAUGGUUAUUAUUUAAAACAUGUUUAGCGAAAUUUGAAUUCGGGGAAGUCUUUUUUAAAAUUUUAUUCCACAAAUGUUCUUUAUAUCUUAUUUUAAAAUUCUUAUUUUUCUUACCAAUAUAUAAUUUAUUACAAUUAAAUUAAAUUUAUUAAGUUAUUAUUCUCAAGAAACAUCAUUUUAUAAAUUUUAAUAUUCUAUAGGCUUAACCCUUAGAUUACCAACGGGACACAUGUGUCCCAUAGAGGAUAAUAUGUGUGCCAUUAAGUUUCUUUACUAUAAAUAUUAAUAUUGGCUGUUGUCCCACUGGUUUAGAAGUUGAAAAAUUAAAUUUUGUUCAUAAUGCAUGAUCGUUUUAUAUAUUAUUUUUGGGAUUGAGUCUAUUAUAUAAUAUAUAUCAUGUAUAUAUGUACAAUAAUACUUGAUAAUAAUUUUUAUCUAAUUUAUAUGUUUGCAUUAUUUUAUCUAACCGAUUAAAAUGUACACUCACACUUUAUAUGACAUUUAAAUAACCUAUCUAACAUGUUUAAAAAAAAUAACAACUUUUUAACACUAAUAAUAUUAGCCUAAUCAAACAUAUAAACAAUAGAACUAAAAACUUCACAAAGUAUCCCCUUUAUUUUGAAAAUGCUGGUAUAUAUAAAUUUAAAUUUAAUUGUAAUAAAUUAUAUAUAGGUAAGAAAAAUAGAAAUUUUAAAAUAAGAUAUAAAGAACACAUUUGUGAAAUAAAAUUUUAAAAAAAACUGCCCCUAAUACAAAUUUCGCUAAACAUGUUUUAAAAAAUAACAACCAUAAUAUAAGUUUUGUUAUUAAUUUACAGACUUAGACAUAUUAAAUACCCAAAAUAACAUUUACAUUAAACCGGUUUUAGAAGAAUUACACAUGCACAAUGAAAUAAAAAAUAAUAAUUUUUAUGUUUUAAAUGUUCAAACUGAUUUUAAAAGUAAUAUCUUAUAUCAAUACAUUUUAGAUAAUAAAUAAUAACCAAAUAAUUUAUAUUUUUUAACAUAUCUAUAUCUAAUAAUAAAGAAUUUUAAAUAAUCUUUCCUAUUAAAAUAAAUAAUUUUGAUAUUCUAUGCAAAAUGACCAAUUUGUAAUUUUUUUAUUUAUGUUUUAAAUCAUCUAAUUUUUACAUUUUUAAUUUGAAACUAGUUGUAUAAUACACUUAUCAUAAUACUCCAGGCUUAUUCAUUUAUUGAUUUUAUUUUUAUUCAUACAUUUUUUAUUUACAUAUUAAUUUACUUUAUUUAUUUAUGAGUAUUAACAAAUUAAAUAAUUUUGUUUUUACUUUAUUAUUUUAUAGUAAUUUAUUAUCAAGUAUUACAAUAAUAAAAUAUAAUAAAUUUUUUUUGAAAAAAUGAAUAAUAAUUUAUAUUUUGUUUUAUUGAAGUAAACAUUUAAUAAAAAAUGUAUAUAUUAUGAAACUAAAUUGUAUAGAACAUAAAAACAAUAAAAAUAUAAAUAGUAAGUAAAAGCAAAUCAAAUCAUUUAAAUAAAUAAGAAUUGAUUUGUUAGCUUAUAUUCUAAAAUUAAAAUACGUUAGUUGUUAAUAAAUACAUUACAAGUUAAUAAAUAAUAUCAUGGUUUUUCAUUUAGUUAAUAUGUAAUAGGUAUUCUAAAAAUAUAUAUUAGUUUCAACAACACAUUAUUUAUGGCGUAAAUAUCAAGUUUGAUAAAUUUUAUAUCAAAAGUGAUUAGAUGAUUGUAUAAUCAUAAAUAUAAACUAAAACUAAAACUUGAUACUACAUAAUAAAAAACAAGAUCCAUGGGUUUGAAAUAGAUUUAAUAUCUUAUAACUCUGAUUGAUGUGAUUCUAGUUCACGUAAUCUUUGAGAUGCACGACCUAAGUCAGCAGUUAGUUGUCGAUUAGCAUUAGAAUAAUAUUCAAGUACAUCUAAUAAACAUCGCUCAUCUUGUUGAUCAUAACUAUAAGAAAACAAAAUAUUUAUUAUAAUUACAUAAUAUGUUACUAGGUAACUAUUCCAUUAAAUAUAUCAAAUACAGGCUUAUAUCCCAUCCAGUUUAUAUAAAAAAAAAAAAAAUAUUUUAUUUUUGUCACUUAUAAAUAGGCUAUUAAUUAUAUAAAAGUUCCAUAAAUAGUUCAAUAGUCUCAGUGCUUAUUUCAAAAAAUUUAAAUUAAUGAUGAAAAAUUCCUAUGUAAGAAAAAAAUAAAUAGAAAUCAAGAUGUUAGUUAUAAACAUAAUAUUUGUAUAAUAUUUAAAAAUGUGCUUGUUGUAAACAAAUAAAAAGAUACUUUAGAGUGACCAAAAUUACAAAAUUAAAAUAAUAUAUACCCAAACAAUAUUUUACUAAAAUCAAGAAUAACUAGAUUACAUAAAGGUAAUUUUACAAUAAUACAAAACGUACUUUGAAAAUUCUCUAGAACUUAACAGUUCAUUUGUAGUGGCAUUUGAAUUUAAAUUCGGUGGUGUCCAUCUAUCAAAAUUUCCUUCUUGCCACCCGCAUACAUCAGGUGGAGGUUUUUCUAAGUUAAACUUUCUAAUUGAAUCUAAAUGUUAAUUACAAUAAUUACAUAAUUAUUUAUCAUUUACUAAAUAAACUAAACAUCCAAUUUGUUAGAGAUAUUUUAUUUUAAACUUACUGGCAUAUAAUAAAGAAAACAGUGUAACAAUUACAAAUUCAACAACAAGUAAAAUUGCUAUUCCAUUUUUUGGAGACAUUAUAAAAUUAGCUUCACAAUAUGGUUGGAAAUUUGAUUUAUCUUCUUGAGCAUAAAUAGUUAUAAAAAUUGCCAAUAAUACAGUCCCUGUGUAAUCAAUUAUAUACAUUUUACAAUCAUUAUUAAUAUCUAAGCAUAUAAAUAGACUUGUUUUAGUCUUACAUAAGGAUACUAAUUGAAAUGGAAUAGCUGCCAGACGACAAAGUCUUCCAUGAGCACGCAAAUGUCCACGAGAUCUUAACAUUUUAUUGUGUAUAUGUCUAGUAAUAUAAUCAAGUAUCUAAAAGAAAUAAAAAAAUAAAAAGUUUGUAAAAAAUAUAGCAAUAGUAAUACUAUUUAAAACUUACUAAAAAUAUAAACCAUACACAACAAUGUAUGUAAACUAAUAUAUAUAAAGGUUCACAAUUAUCUUUAGAAGAAAUAAUUGUUGAUGAAUUCUUAUGUAUUGUAAUAGAAUAAUGAUCUGUAUUUAAUAAAUUCCAUUCAAAAUUAUCAUCUUCUUUUCCAUUUGAGUUUUCUUCAAAAAUUAAAAAAUUUGAUACUAAAUACAAAGAAACUAAAGCCAUACAACCCUAUAAAAAUAACAAAACAUAAAUUACACAUAAUUCUUAAUAAUAAAAUAUUUUAAAAAGUAGAAUAUUAAAUAUGUAUUAUGUUUAUCUUUGGUUUUAAUAUAUUUUUGAAAUAAUUAAUCUAUACUUUGUAUUCAAUCUAAAGUGUCUUUCUAUAAUAGUUUUGUUUAUUAGAUAAAAAGUGAAUACUUUUUCAAAAUUAAUAUAUAUAUUAACAUAUUUUUUAUGUUGAAUUUACACAAUAGUGUAAACAGUAACCUUUUUAAAACUAAUAAACCUAAUAAAUAAAUAUUAUAAUGAUAUAAUACUUAAUUUUAAAUUAGAAUUUUUAUGUGAUUAACUGGCAAUUCAAAUAUAAUAAUAACAAUAAUAAUAAUUUAUUUCACCAAUAACAGAAAUGAUUAAAAUUUUUUAUAAAAGAGUACACAAAAGUAUUAGGCUAUUCACUAAAGCCUAUAUGGCUGUGAUGUGAAUAGGAGUUAUAAUUAUAAUAUUAAUAGACACAAAAUAUAAAGUAAAAAUAAUUAGCAAUUUAUAAAAUGUGAAUGUGAAUGUGAAUUUAAUUUAAUUUAUAUCAUAAUUUUAAUUGAAAGAUUAUCAAAAUCAAUAGUAUCUAUGCACCCUUCAAAUAAUAAAUAAUUAUUACCAAAAGAAUGAAAAUUAAUUUUUAAAGUAAUACAAAUUUUACAGAAUACAAAAAUAAUAUAAAAUCAAUUUAAAUUUGUUUGAGGUUUUGGAGCAAUAAUACUUAUUAAAUUAUUAAAUAUUAUAUUAGGGUUAAGCGCAGAAAUUUCAAUAAUAUCUUUGUGAUUAGACAUAAAUAGAUAUGCAUGUUUAAGGUAUAAUGCAUUUAAAUUAUUAAGGCUAUAAUCUUUGUAGAUACUAUUACUAGGAUAUAGUCUUGGCUUGGAAAAAAUGUAUUUUAAUAUAGAAUUAAUGGUAGCAUUUAAUAAAACAAUAAAGUAAAACAAAAUUAUAAAAUGGUAAUUAAAUAUUUUAAAUAAUCUCUCCAUUAAAAUAAAUUUUUUCUAUGUAAAACGAUUAAUUUGUGUAAUGUUUUUCGUAAUGUAUUCUUUCAUUUUUUUUUUCAAGUUCACUCUCAUUUUACUUUUUAACUUUGUAAUUUUAUCUGAUAAUAAAUUUUUAGUUCAAAACCCGUUGCAUAAUACACAUUUCGUAAUACUCCAGACAACACAUUUAUUCAUUUUUUUUAUUUAUUUAUUUAUUUAUAUAGGUAGUAUUUAAUUUAUUAGUACUUGUAUUAUAAGAGUCUCCCCUGAAAAGUAGACCGCAAAUAAAUAUAGACUGAAUCAAGCUAGUGGAUGUUAUGAUUCUAAAUUUAGGUGAUUAAUUAUUCCUCAGAAUACAAUGAAAUAUAAACAAAUUUUUGAAAAAUAUAGUUUAUAUGAUUAAUAUGGAUAUUUCAUUGGAGUUGAUUAUCAAUAUAAACUUCUAGAUAUUUAAUAGAACAGUUAACUUUUUUAAAAUAAAUUUUUGAUCAUUUUUAAGAUUUGAAGAUACACUAUUAUCUACAACUUUAUACUUUGUAUCAUCCAAAAUUAAAGUGUUGAUACUGCAAUGUGAAUAGCAGUGUUUUUAAAUGUUUAAUUGCAAAGAGUUAUUAUUAAACCAUUUUUAACUAAUGAUGAACUUUCAUUACCUUUGUCAUUUAUUUAUUUAUAAUAACAGACUUGCGCCCACAUAUCAACAUAAUUACAAGUUAUUCAGAUUCAUUAAAUUACAAGAAAAAUUACAAGUUAAGCAUAAAAUAUAUAUUUUGGUUUGAAGAGGAGAAAAAUGUUGGUUUAAGAUACCAAAAAUAUUUAGAGCAAAAGAAGAAAUGGUUGGAAUUGGCAGUAGACAUAGGGCGGUUAAUUGGUCAUAAAUCUUAUCUAAAGAGUUAUCAUUGAAUAACAAGACUGCAUCAUCCACAAAAUAGAUUAUUUUACCAUUAAUGUUAAGAUUUAAUAAUCCAUUUAUAUGUAUCAAAAAUAAUAUAGGACCUAAUACGGGUGGUGUGCCUUACGGGACUUCAAAAGGAAUUUCAAUUUCAUCACUUAUUACCAUAUUAAUAUAAUCAUUUACUGGAUGUUUGCAAAAUUAAACUUUAAUUUAAAAACUUAUCUACAUUAUCUACUUUCUACUUUUAAGUGGGUUAUGUCUAUGAACUUUCUGAAAACAUUAAUUUUAAACAUUUUAUGUCAGCAUUUCUGAACAAACCUUAUUUAUUAAUAUCCAUCUAAACGAAUUAUAAAUUAUUUAUUGGAUAUAAUAUCAUUUAAAAAGAAAUACAAAAUUUAACGAGCCGCCUAUCAAAGUUAUCUAAUCCAUCUAUUUAAAUGGUAAUUAUUUUUAUUAAAACUUAUUACCAAAGUGUACUCUUACCGUGCAUAAUAUAUGAAUGAAGGUUAUCCAUAGUUGUGAACUUUUUAUAUUUGUGUCUGAGAGAGAAUACCAAAAAUAGGAUUUUUUUUUUUUUUUUAAAUGAAAAUCGGAUAUUAAUGUAGUAUGAUCAUUGAUUUCUAAUAAAUGUUCACUACUAUUCAUACUGUCACAGUCUACGGCCAAAGACGAUGGGAUACAGCAUCUUUGAUUAGCACAAACAUUUGUGGAUGGCGUAUUAUCGUUGAUUCCAAUAUCCAUUGUUCAUUGCCUAUAACAGAUAAUAAAUUCAUAUGAUUGCAUAGUAUUAAUUAGACACUUCAACAAUAAUAUGUUACCUAUGUUUUUGAAUAUUUAAAAAAUAUUACAAACACUCAUAAUUUACAAAAUUAAAUUUUAAAACUACCAAUAUAUAUUUUAUUGAGAUUUAAUAGUAUAAAAACAAUAAUAUUUAAAUACAAAAUUCAUAAUUUUUUUUUCUUCUAAAUUCAAGAAUAAUUUAAUAAAGAAUAAUUGCCAACAUUUCUUAUCAGUGCCUUACAAAAUUAUCUAUAAUUUAUUAAAUUGCAUUCUUAGAUAAAAAUAAUACAAUAUGUAUAAUAUUAAUCAAUAAUAUUAUGAUUGUCCAUAAUAAUUUUUUGUAAAUUGUUUUAUUAGACAAAUUACGUAUUAUUUAAUUGAAUAAAAUGUAUUAAUUUUUUGAUUAAAAUUUUCUCAAGGUUAAUGUUGAGUGAAUUAUUAAUGUUUUUAUUUACGUCUAAUGUUGGUUACCAUAAUAAACAUGAUAACUUUUUUUACCUGGUUCUAAACUUCCACAAGUUAGUAUAAUAUUGUCAUUCAAUUAGCUUUUAUUCUUAUAAAAAUAAACGCAAACUACGGCGAUCAUUUAAUCCAAAAAGACUUUCUUGAAAAGUUAAAAUUUAAGAUCAAGGCAUGAUUACGGGGAGGGGGGAUGCGAUUUUUAAAAUUCAUAUGACAUAGGUACAUUUAUAACAUAGCUCAAUUAUGAAACAAGCCGAGAGUAUAUAAAAGUAUCUAAAAACGAAUAAGUUAUUUGUAUUUGCAAGAAUUUGUAAUAGAAGAUUUUAAAAAUAAAAUUACCUAACCCACUUUUAGGUCACUAAGUUGUUUAUUGAUUCAAUAUCUAAUUCGUAGUAACUCCUGAUGAUUUCUCUCAUUUUUCUUUUAAUCGCCCUCCUACUUAUAUUUUUUUUAUUUAUCAUCCGUACGUUUAUCAAUUUCUUCAUAGAUCAUUAUUAUCAUUUUCGUACAGUGUCUUUUGAUAAGGUAUUGUUGGCUAAUCAGGAUCAAUAAUGAACUCAUUAAUUAAUAAACCAAACAUUUUGAUUCAAACUUGGCCUUUUUACGAUUACAAGAUUUCCAUUUUUCGGUUAAUUUUGAAUAAAUUAUGCAUAUACUGCGUAUAAUAUGCAUUGUUUUAAAUUAUUUAUCAUCAGAGUGCCCACUUUUAUUUAAUGAAAAUGUUAAAAUAUUUUUGUCAUAAUAUGGAUUAAAAAUAUUAGAAGUGUUUUCGCGAUUAACCAGGUUAUAUUCAUUACCAGUCGUGUUUAAACAAGUUUGGUUAUUGGUUAAAGACCCGCGAAAACGAUGCGUUUGUGGUUAUUACUAUAGAGUAGUAGAGGCGUUGUUGUAAUAGUUCGAAAUCAAAUCGUCGGUCAUUGACCAAAUAAAGAAGCAGUCUACGACAAUUAAUCCGUUAGAUCGCAGUGUACAUCAAUAACAUUGUAUUUUUACAUUUUUACUUGAUGAAUUUUUUAUUUCGUAUUUGUAUUAAACUAUUAAAUAUUUAGUGUUUAUUAUUUUGAGUUUUUUUAUAAUUUUUAAUUUAAAUUUAUAAAGUUUAUUUUAACAUUUUUAAAAUGUCAAGUUGUUUUGUGUGUGGAAAAACAACGAAUAAUGCAACCAAAGAUGAAAAUAUUAAGUGAGUAUUAAAUUAUUUGGUGGGUACAAAAACUAGACCAAGUAUACUUGAUUUACAGAUUUCCAAAAAAAGAUCUCUCUAUUAGAGACAAAUGGUAUAACUUUGUUAUUGAUAAUUGUUUAAAUAUAAAAAAAUUAACAGUAUUCAAGAAGUGACAAGUGGUUAUGGUUUGUUAUUUAAUUUUAAUAAUUGUUUAUAGAAUUUAUGAGAUGGAUAGAGAUAAAAAAUUUAACUCAAAAAUAUCUUUUUCUUAAGAUUUAAGUUCAAUAAAUUCUUGAAACAUUAACUUAGUUACAGUCAUAUUUUAAGAAACUUCUAUACUUAUACUAUACUAUUAUACCAUAUACUUUUACUUUUCCCUCCUAAACUUAGCUACGGCCUACUAUUACUAGUAUUAGUUGAUAAAUCUCAAGCAUAAGAUUUACUCUAUGAUCUCAAGGCAAGGGAGGCAUUAAUCACCAAUACGGUUACUCUAUGGUUAUUACACAUUUAUUAGAGAUAGUAAAAAAUAUAUAGAUAAAUGCCAAAUGGUUUUGUGUUGUCAAUUUUAUUUAUAGCCAUUAGCCUUAUAGGUGUUCUAUUUAUAGCAUUAUUAUUUUUGAGUAUAUAUUUUUGUCAUCAGACAAGGUGAAAUUUCCGAACAUUUCACUUCCAGACGACAUUAUGAUUUAAUAAAAGUUUAAUAUACAACUGUUAAUUAUAUAAAAAUUGACUAUAAAAAAAACCACGGUUUAACUUCCAUCUCACUACCAUGUUAUCAUAUUUUCUAUAUCAAUAACUAAACAAAAUAACUAUUAAUUUCGUUUUGUUAUGACUUUUUAGUAAUUUAUAACUAAAGUAUUAACCAAAAUCAGUUACAUUUGGUUAUUCCUAAAAACACAUCUAUUAAAAUCAUAAAAUAUUUAUGAAAAAAUGUGUAUUUUACAUAUUAUAUUUAAAAAAGUUUUAAAUAAAAAUUUAUUAUCAAUGAUGAUUAUUUUUUAAUUAUUGCUGUUAUUCUUUUUAAAACAAUUAGAUACAAUAUACAUUUUUAAAUGUGAAUUUAGUUAGGUCUUAAAAUUAAUUUGAUUUUUCUCUAACUACAUAAAGUAACACAUGGCCACCACUCCUCUAAUGUUCAAAGCAAGGUUUUGGUAAAAAAAGUUGUUCAGACAGAAAAAAUAAAAUUACACAUCAUGUACGUAAACCCACCAACAAAUAAUUAUAUUUCCUUAAACAGAUAUUAAGAGUAUCUAUUGUUUAAUCUUAUUUUGAUCAUUUAAAAUUAUUAAUUUCUUAUGCUAAAUAUACAAUAAUAUUUUCACAUCAUCUUAAUAUUGACAAUAAAAUAUAAAAUAUACUUAUAAAAAAAAUUAUAAUACAAUAAUACAAAAUGUUUAGAGCUGACAGAGCCAAUGCAUUAUUAUUUAGUAAGUACUUAUAGAUAAUUUUUAAAUGGGAAAACGUACUUUGUAAAUCAUCCACAUUUGUACAGAUCAAGUUGGAUUUUGAUUAGCAAAAUUAACAUUUCAUAAUUCCUAAAUAAUUGAAAUAAUGAUACUUUUUUUUAUUUAUCAUGGGCAAAUGCUCAAUUAAAAAGUAUUUAUUUUAUUAAUAAUUAAAUCAGAGUACAAUAUGAUUUAUAAAGAGUUUUUUUUUAAAGAAAAAAUUUAAUUUGUUAUCAUAUGGCUUUAUGAGGCAAUGCCGGUGUUUUUGAGCAAAACAGUUUUCUAAUUCUUUUAAUAUUUUGCUAAGGUUUAUGAGAGGCUAGUAAAAUAAUAUAUCAGAGUUCUUGUUCAUACAAAGAAAAUAUAAACUUGUACAAGUGUACAUUUAGAAGAGUUGUUGUUUAUUAUAGAUUUCAGUUGUUUUUUUUUUUUUUGUAAUUUGUUGGCAAUAUUUGAUGUUCCAUUUACACUACUUAAGUGCAAUGGUGAUUAUACAAUCAUUUGGUCUUGUAAAUAGAAACUAGGAAAUUCUAUUUGUACAACUAAAAUGUUUACACUUACUCUGGUACAUAGGAUUAGUAUACAAUUUAUAUUUGUAGUCACAUGACUCAAUUAGCUGAACAAAUUGUUUAUUGUAAAAUAAUACCCCUGUUGAUAUAAUAAUAAUAUUAGUAUUCACUUUCAUGAAACAUUCUGAGUGCUCAAUUUGAACAUAAUGGUUCAAAAAUAAUUGCUGUGAAACUAAAAUAUUUAUUUUGAUUAUAAUUGAAGACUAAUUCUAUAAAAUAAUAAGAAUAAUAUUGUGGGGCUCAGAACAAUUUUUGAAAGUGUGAAAAAUGUUAUAACAUGGACACACAAUUUAUUUUAGUCUAAAAUAAUAUGAAGUAGAUUUCAGUGAUGUAUAACCAAUAUGAUAACAAGUUAUAAUACACAGGCAACAUUGAAACAUAUGUAUUUUUGGAAAUGGAGCAUUGAAUAAAUUAAUUUUCCUAUAAUUUAUUCUGUAUAAUAAAAUAGGUGGCUCUGAUACCCUUAAUAAAAUUGAGCAUUAGUAAUUUAAUUUUGUUUUCUGUAGAAAUAAAAUAUUUUAAUAUUUUAUUUAAAAAACCCACGUGGUAGUUUAAGAACACCCAAAAAGGAAUUGUAUGGUGAUCCUAGGUACACAUUUUCACCUAUCACUUCAAAAUCGCAUAUAUUUGUAACAUUUUCUCCUGUACUAUACCAACUGGAUUUUAUGGUACCUUUUUCAUUAACUUCUAUAAUUGAAACUGGUUCAUCAAAGAUUUUCUUCAUAAAUGAUAGUGAUUCAAAAUGUCCUAUCUGAAACAAUAAUAUUUACAUAUAUUUUAAAUACCUAUUUAUAUUUACUUAAUUGUGAGAAUAUAUGUACACAAUUUUAAUCUUACAACAGUUACAACUAAAUACUGGGUUUAUACAGGUGAUAAUAAUAAUAAUAAUCAGUAACUAAAGCGAAAACUAUCAGUGAUAAAUUAAUAAUCUGUAACUAAUAACUAUUAAUUUAAAGUAAAGUGAAUUGUGAAAAAAAUGUGUAAAACUGAAUUAUAAAUAAUGAAAUCCUAAUAAUUCAAAUACAAAUAUAACUUCAUAAAAUUGAAGAAAAAUAAAAUAUUUAAAUUUAAAAUAAUAAUAAACAAAAACUACCAUACUGGCCAAUGAUAAUGAAAAAUAAUCAUAAUUUAAUAUUAUAGUUAUUGUUCUUUUUGUAGUGUCACUGAUAUACACCACCACCCUCACCUCAUACACCCGGUAUGAUUUUUAAAUUGAUUAAUUUAUAGAUACUUCUGCAUUUGUAAUAAUGCCCACCCUAUAUAAGAAAUCCAACAAAAUAUAUUAUUAUGUAACAUUUUAAAAAGAAAAAUUACAAAUACUAAACUAUAGAUAUCUUUACCAAUAUUCCAAAACAUAAGCUUGUACUGACCAAUUGUGCUAUAGAACAGGGGCAUACGUUUUGUCUUAUAAAAAUUAUAAUUUGAUAAUAAAUGAAAUAUGGAGUAAAGAAUUUAAAAUAUAUAAUUAUAUCUGUACAGAUCUACUGGUAGUUUAAAUUUUUAUAUAAAGUACAGUAAACAUUUUCCUAGUGAACAAUUAAAUAAUAAUAGUACCCAAUCAUUUCAGAUUUCAGAUUUAUAUUUUUAGGAAAUUGAAAAGGGCAUUUAGAUUUUAAUUUACUUAUGCACAAUUUUAAUAAAUGGACAUCAAAUGUUAAAGGAGUUCUUUACUUAGUGCUUAAUUUUAGUAGUACACUAGAGGCAACAUACUUAGAAUAAAAAAUAUAUUAUUUUAAAAGGUUUUUCGAAAAAUUAAUUAUAUACAAUUAAUAAAUAAAGGAUUUUUAUGAUUAUUUUUUGUAUUUACCCAAUGAAUAGAUUUUUUAAAGUAUAUGCUAGGAUAAAAUGAUUCUAACAUUUCAAUUGUAUGUUCAGUGAUACUAAGAAAUUUUAAAAUCAUCAUCCUUAAAGUAGGAUAUUGGCCAAUAUUUUCUAAAAAUGGUUUUCUUGACAUGACUAAUGGAAAAUAAAAUGAUCCUUCAGCAUUUUUUUUAAUGUUAUCUGGCAUCCCUGGUAAGCCAUCAAUAAAAAUUUCAUUAUGUCCUGCAUACUGGCCUUUUAAAUGAUAUCUAAUAAUUGAAAACCAGUUACAUAUUUUUAUAUAUAAUUAUUAAAUAUAAUAUGAAAUUUUAAUAAUCUUAUAUACAUACUUAAUAAUACGAUAUUUGAACGUUUCUGCUAUCAGUAAAAAUGAUUCAUCAUUGGAUAAUUCCACACCAUUAGGGAACUGCAUUUUAUCCAUUAAAACAGUAUUCUGUUUUGUUUUAGGAUCAUAUUUUAAUAACCUCAAAAUAUAAACAUAUAUAAGUAUAUGAAUUUACAUAAUAUAUUUUAUUUAUUAUACAAGAACAUCUAUAAAAUAUAAAUAUAACAUUUUUCAUGAAUAAUUAUAGAACAAUUUAUACAUAUAAUUCUAAAAGUUUCUAAUGUAAAAUACAAUUUAUUUGAAAAAACUGAUAUCCACUAACCUUCCACUGCCAUCAGCCAAUAAUGUGUAAACACCAUCAUGUAGUUUAAAAUUUGUGUCUGAGUCUGUCCAGUAUAUAGUACCAUCUGAAGCUAUAGUAACAGAAUUUGGAAAUUUAGGACGAACACCUUCAAUUGGUUGAUCCAUAGAUACAAUUUGCUCUUUUGCACCUAUUAAAUUAAUAAAAUUAGAAUAAAAAUACUGUUUAUUUAAUUAUAGAAAUAGUACAAUUAUUUGAAUGCUUUUAUUAUAUUAGUACAAAAUAUGGACCGACAAAGGAAUAAUUUGUUAAGCUUUUCUAAACUUUAUAUGCUAAUUUAUAAUAUUAUAAUUUAUGAAUAGUUCAAUAUUUUUAUACUAACAUUUGCUGAAGAUUAGACAGCUCCAGAAAAUGUAGUUAAAGUUAUCAAUUAAAAUAAUAAAAAUAGUAUACAUAUUAUAUAACAUUAAAUUACUUCAGUUCUGUCAAGAAAAAAAUUAUAAAUAUAAAACAUUACUGAGAAAAUGUAAAAAAAAAUGAAAUUGUUUUAUAUUAUAAAUAUCCAACCUAGUAGUGAUAAAUCAAAGUUCAAGAGGAAACAAAACUUGUUUUGAGAUAUGUAUUAUUAUAGAUAAUUACCUUCAUUUUAUCAAAAUUAAAUCAGAACUUUUAGUAAUAUAAUAAAAUAAAAGAUUUUUCAUGUAAAUUAUGCUAAAUAAAUAAAUAUAAAAAAAAUUGCAUUAUAAAAAAAAAAUGAUGAUAAAUAAUUCAAAGACAUACAGUGGUAUAAUAAGGUAAACAGUAUUAUUAUUAAAAAAAAAAAUUUAGUUAUUUAUUUUUGAUGUUAAAUUGUAUAUUAACAAUUUUUUUUUAAAAAAAACAAUGACAGUUUAUUUAGUAAAACAUUAAAUUCUUUCAUUGUAUCUUGUUUUUUUGUCGCAACCUACCAGUUGGUUGUACUCCCUUUAUAUAUAAUCACUAUUAUCUCAACAUAAUAAUAUCAAAUAGUUUAAUUAAGCUUAUUGUAAUAUUAUGUAAUCAUGUAUACUUUAUUAAUUUUAAUUUUCUAUGAUAAUAAAUUAUUAAAUAAUGACUAAUCAAACAAGAAAGUAUUGUUAAAACAUACCAUAAUGAACUGGAGAAUGAAUAUUUACUUUAAAAAUACCAUAAUAUGCAUCUACUACAUAUAAAAAUCCUUUGUUGUCCAUUUUUAAGCCAAGUGGACGGCCACAAAUAUGCUCUUCAUAUAAUCCAUCUAAAAUCAUAUUUCAAGAGAGUUAAUAAUUAUUAAGUGUUUUAACAGUGUUUAAUAGGAAUUUGGAGAUUCACAUUACAUGUUAACAGUAAAAAUUAUUUACUGGCAUGCAUUCACUAUGCAUUUAUUGUUCUAGAAUAUAAGACAUAUUGGAAAAGAGGAUUUUUUCUCGCGUCAGUUGUGAAGUGGCCACUGUGAUAAGAUUUUUGUGUGCUAAAGGAUUUUCAGCUGCUGAAAUUCAUCAAGAGUUGUACCUAGUUUAUAGGCCUACAAUAAUGAAUAGAGGAAAGGUUAGACAAUGGUGUUGUGGUUUAAAAAAUGGAUGAACAAAUGUGUAUGCCGAAAAGCAGAGUGGCAGGACUAAUAAACAGACUGACUGCGAUCUGAUUAUUGAUUGACAUUUAGUGCCCUGACUGAAUUAUUUCAUCUUGGACAUACCACUGUUAAGACAAUUGUCGCAGAAAAUUUCAACUGAUUUAAUUCUCAAACAGAGUUCCUAUACAGAGGGGUUAAAGAAGCUGAUGCAACAGUACAGAAAAUGCUUAGAAGUAAAUGACGACUAUGUAGAGAAGUGAAGUAGGUUUGUAAGAAACUAAAUAUGCUAAUAAAAUCUGUUUCUUAUGAUUAUAAUUUGUUUUUAUGACCAAAUGGCUCUUACUUUUCAAAUUCCUCAUAAUGAAUAAUUUAUAAAUUUAUAAGGUAAAUUACUAAAGAUUGUUUCAACUGUGAAACUAACAUAAUUCUAUGAAUAACAGCUUUUAGGAAGACUAUUAUUAUAAUAAUUAUCAGAAUUAAAAAUUAUUUAUUGGGUAUUAUAUUUUGUUCUUUAUAAAAAAAAAAUGAGUGUCUUGAGAGAAAUAAAUGUUGGUAAUCAAUAAUAUUAAAAUAAAACAGAUUAAUGUAUAGACAAUCUAUAAUCGUAUAUAUUUUAAUGGUAUAAUAUUAACAUUACUUGAGUAGGUAAUCCUCACUAAGUACAUGAUUUAAUUGAUAAAAUAAUUAAUUUUUUCUACAAGAAAUAAUAUUAUUUACAAAUAAAACAAUAAGUAAUAUACGCACCGCAUACUUUUCCAAACUUCACCACAGGAACAAUUUGAUUAUCAACUAUUUUCACAACAUGGCCAUAAUGGAGAGUUAAAUAUAAUGUAUUAUUAUGAUAUAAUAGCCCUUCUGGUCCUUUAAUUUGAUUUUCAUAGAGUUUGGAUAUUCCAAACAAUUUUUGAUUCAACUGUAAUGGCCCAAUUAAAGAUCUUUGUGGUUGUACACUGUUUUGGCAAUAUAAAUUAUUAAAAUAUUAAAAUAUUGAUGUAUGCAUAUUUAAUAAUAAAACAAAGUUGAAUCAGUUAAAAUCCCAUAUUAAAAUUUUUCAUUGUUUUUGUUUUAAAAAAAUCAAAAUAUAAGUACCUACCUACUUAAUACAUUUAUUUACUUUUUUUAUAUUAGCUUCUAAACAGUGAUUAUGAUAGCUCAACACUUAUUUAGAAAAACAAAAUUAAGUCAAAGAAAAAGAAAAAAGGAACCUAAAUAUUAAAUCAUAAAACCAGCUACCAAUACUAAAUUAAUUACCUUAAUUCAAAUUUAAUUACAUUUAUUUUUAUUAUAACUAUUUAUAUUACAAUAUAUAGACAGGUACCUAUUAUUUUUGGUAAGUUCUCAGAAAAAAACAAUAUUCUGAAAAAGUUCCAGCUUAAGACAUCGUUAAAUGGGGGGAGGGGGAUGCAUAACAAAAACAUUUUUUUCCUCAAUACACAUUUUAUUAGGAUUAUUUUACUCCUAUACCAUGGUUAUUAUUGAUAUUGACAUACUGCAUAACGUAUAAUAUAAUAAUUUCCGUGUUUCUCGACAACUUAGAUUAUCCAUGAUUAAUUAGUUAAUCAUGACUCAUGUGAUUAUCAAUCAGAUGAAUAAUCCUAUGGAUUUCGGUGUUUCUCAUCAUAUUUGAUUAAUUUGAUUGCUUCUCGAUGAAUUUGAUGUUCGAUCUACAAAAUUAAAUGGUGCACUAGAGGCUAGACGAUAGAAAUGUGUUAUCAUAAUUUGUGUUGUUAUCACCAUUUAGCCAUACCGUUUUUUUCCGUUUUACAAUAAUUAGCAAUAUUAUUUAUGUUUAUGUGUUUGUUUAUUUAAUUAUUUUGUUUCAAUGAUAAUAGCAACAAACACUUUUUAAUUUAUUUUUGUUAUUGCGGUUUUCCAUGUAAUUUAUUGCAAUACAUUUAAUACAAACAUUACAUGAAAAAUCUCUCAUAUUGAAUAUAAUUUAUUUAAUUUUUAACAAAUAAUUAUUUUUUUGAUAUUCUGAAAAUCAUGAUAGAUGAGCAUUCUGCGUUUUAAUCACAGAUAUAUAAAACGAAUGUUUUAUAUAUUUGUGGUUUUAAUAUAAAUCUGUGUUCCUUGACUUUCAUCUGAUUGAUAAUCGAGUUUAUCGAGGAACACACGGAUUAUUUUCUUUAGAUGCGACAUAGAAAUUAUUAAUUACCUAUUAUUAUAAUAUUGUGUUAAACGUAAAAUACUAUAUUUUUUUAUGUUAAACAAAUCAUAUUUUUAAUGACUAUUGUAAAUCAAUAAAAUCGUACAAAUCUUAUUUUAUAAUUGUUCAACAAUACUUUUCUGUGUACUUUUUGUUAUAUUCGUGCGAGAACUUACUUGUAUUUUGUAAAGGUGACAUUGGGAGGCCCAGGCAGCAGUGUAAAGAGUCCGACGAGUGCCAACAAAUUAAUACUCGUGCCCCGGAGUAAUUUUAUGGUUUGUCCCUGCAAAGGAGAAAUAAUUCAUUAAUACGCUCGUGUUUUCUUUAAUUUGGUAAGUAGGUAUUUUAAAAUGUAUUGUAAUUUUUUGGAAAAUAUUCGGUUAGACAGUUCUUACCAUUUUCGACGAUAGUCACCUGGCUCCGGUCGUACAGUUUCUGGGAGGUAGUUAUGAACAAUGUAGUCUGCUGUAGCUUAAUUUAUUCUAUAUGUGUUAAGGUCAGGUCAAUGACCUUAUGGAUAUUAACGAUAAGAACGUCUAAUGUAUGGUUAGAUAAACACUUGUAUAAUAUUACGGUUGUUAGGUUGCAUACUACCUAUUCCCGGUAAUUAUUUCUUUCCAAUAGUUUUUUUUUAUGAACCUAACCCUCAACUUGACAUUGUACCUACGCCGUUGACCGUUUGUGCAAUUGCAAUGACUUUCAAUAUAGAUACCUAUCCAUGUAUAUUAUUUAUUUUACAAUAUUUUUUUUGUUUUUAAUUGUACAACUUUUCUAUCAGCAAUUUCGCUCCGAUAAUUAAUUAUAGCACUGUUUCUAAAAGGAAAUCUGACUAGGGUGGUAAUUUAGGGAAGACAUUUUUUGAUUUUUCCAGGAAUUUUUCCAAAAAAUUUGAAAAACUAGUAAAUAGGUAUAAUAUUUAACAAAUAUUAUUAUAGAAAAUAUUUUAAAUUAUAUUAAAAAAUUGUAUGUUAUUAUUUUACCAUAAUGUGACAUAUAUAUUGUUGAUAAAGCAACGCCAUCAACCGAACUGCUUUCGGAAUAGUUUUUUCGUUAGCAAUGGUUAAUCGUUACAGAUAUACAUUAAAUUUCCCCUCUACCUUCCUCAUCUACAACAGUGGCCCCACCUAUUGUGCGAAGUAUGUCCAUAUCUUUUAGAUUCGGAACGUAGUGAGGGAUCUAUUGGUUUGUGGAUGUAUGGUGUGUGUUUUUGUAUAUUUUUUUUCAUGUGUCUGUGAACAAGUUUUCUAUUAAAAACUUACUUCGAAGGACUAUAGUACUUUUUCUGAAAAAUAAUUUUUUCUCCUCGGUGCACUAGGCACGUCAUUUUUUUAUUUUUCAAUGUUUUUUCGAAAUAAUCGGGAAAACUCCGAAAGAAAGCUAGAUAAAGCGGUAAAUAUUACUCUGUAUAAUAACACUAUUAAAUAAUAUUAACCUGAACAUAAGCUUAAAUUUCCAGACGAAUUUAAUAAAUCAGUUCAACGUCUAUCAUCAGUAAUAUGCCACAGAAUAAUUCUCUUGCAAACCAAAAACUUCUAAUUGAAAUUAAAAGAAUCUACUACCGCCUGCCUACUAAGAUCUCUUAUACCUAGUUUAAAAGAACAGCCCAAAAAUAUAUCCUGUGGAUGAAAAUAAUUAUAAUAACUCAUGCAUAAUUUUCAGAAAACAAAUGAUAAUAUUUAUAUCUGUGUAGUAUCACAACGAUAACAAUUAAUAAAAUACCAUUGCUCAUAACCGAUAUUGCGGAAAUUUGUACACCGUUGCACUUAUAGCGUUAUAUUGUCCAAAAAACUGUCCAUUGCAGUAGAAUCAUGAAUCAUGUGGAACAUAAUUUUUACAGUCAUCAAGUAUAAAUAUUAAAAUAUUAAUUUUGUCAAAAAAAAAAAAAAUGUUUACUAGUUUACCUAUAUAUUAUCAGUUCAAAUUAUGUUAUUAUUCAAGCAUCGAGAUUAGCAUCUUUAUCAAUAAAAGAUAAGACGCACGUAGUGCUCGUGCGAUUAUCUUUGUUCUCGGGUCAAGAAACUGCUAGAGCGCGCGCAUGUGAAACAUAAAAACCUGUACUAAAUGUGCUCCCAAUGUGCACCAAAAAUCUUGCUCCAAAAUAUCAAGUAUAGCAAUUUUUCUGAAAGGGAAUUUUCCUGAGGUGGUACUUUAGGUUGGUUAUUUUUAAUCUUCCCAGAAGUUUUCCCAACAAAUAGAAAAAUGGGAAAAUGUACAAAAUGUAGGUAUUAUUAAAAAAAUAUUAUGGCCUUUUUUUUCUGUGGAUAACUUUUGUACCAGCAAUUUUGCUCGAUUUAAAAUGGUCGCACUUUUUCUAAAAGAAAAUCUGACUUGGAGUGUGGGGUGGUACUCUAGGGAGGUCAUUUUUUGAUUUUCCCAGGAGUUUUACCAUUAAAUGGGAAAAAUCAGGAAAAACGGCAAAAUAGGUACAUUAUUAAACAAAUAUUAUUAAUGCAAAUAUGACAUGUACGAGGGCUAAUCAAAAAGUAUCGAGACUGAUAAUAUUACUCGGAAACCGAGCUUUGAAGAGCAAAACGAUUUGUAAAUCUAGCUUCUAUGACAUACUGAGCACAUCUAUUCGUAUAAAAUCUCUAUAAACUUCUUCGUUUUGAUUUGACGAUAUUUUUCUAAAAUUUGUUUUUCACGUUUGGCGAUUUCGUAAUGAAUCCAAAAGAAGCGGAACUUGCUNACUGGAAAAAAAUGCAGACAAAUUUUCUAAAAUCUCCAAAUCUGUCAAGUUACUCUUCUUUGGGGUUUAUUACAAAAUCGCUAAACUCGAAAAAUAUAUUUUACAAAAAUAUCAGUGAAAUCAAACCGAAGAAUUUUAUAGAAAAGCAAUAAAAACAAAUAUACUCAGAAAAAGUCAUAGAAGCAAAUGAUACCAAUCCUACUGCUCUUCGAUGCUCCUUUCCGAAUGAUACUAUCAGUCUUGAUACUUUUUGAUUAGCCCUCGUAUAUUGUUGAAAAAACAACACUAUAAAUCGAACUCCGCUCAGAAUUGAUAUUUCAUCAUUAGUCAUUGCUUACAGAUAUACAUUUAAUUACCUAUAACAGUGGCUCAAUCCAUUUCCAUUAUACUUGAGCAGCUUUUUAAGUUGAUUUUUAAUCGGUUAGCAUUGUGAUUUAGAUAUUUUGCAACACUUGCUAUUGUAGGUAACAGCAAAUUUGUAAAUCGUAGUAAGUAAAUAUAUUUAUGAAGUUUGAUACAAUUGAUAAAUAGUAUUGAUACAAUUUAUACAAUUUGGAAACCCAAAUUAUAAUGAAAUAAAAUCAUUACCGAGUACCGACGACUCUAGAGUUAUUAACGUUUUUAUUGUUCAAUACCUAUAUAUAUAUAUAUUUAUAAUAAUAAUAUGAACAUAAAUAAACAUGCACGCAUUUCUUUUGCUUUUAUUUAUUAUAAUAGUUUAUAUACGACUUAUUAAUAUUUAAAAUGUGGAUAAAUAUAAGCACUAAAAUAUAAAACAAUCAUGUUAGUAAUUAUAUAAUAUAAUAAUACAAGUAUUAACAUAAAAACACGGAAUAAACUUAAACAUAUUGAACAUAUUAAUAUUAUAAUAAUAUAUAAUGUAUUAAUUUUCACAACAUAGCAGGUACAAGUAGUAGUAGUAGGUAAACAAGUGAAUUGCCGUUAGUAAUAAUGCAAAAAUAAGAAAAUUAAUUAUUGAGUACUAUGGUUAUCUACACUGUAUAGAUAACCGUUGUAGAGUACGAUUACGAUUAUUCAUAAUAGCAACUUUUGUCGACUUGGUAAAAGUCAUUUUUUCGGUCAGAUGUCCGGUAAAUGAUCGAAAUGUUUUUGCGCGACUUUUAAUGGUCGUGUUAACUCAGGGCUUUGAUUGUUACUCGAAAUUUGUGGAAACAGUGUCGAUGCAAUGUUCACGUAAUGUCCAUUCUGUGGAAAAUCGGCGUGUAAUAAUAUUUUAUUAUAAAAUGAUUAGUAUCUACCUGGAUAUUUUAGAUUCUGAGUGGAGCGAAAAAGCUUAUGGUUUUACAAAGAUAUUUAUUAUUAUUAUUUUUUUUAUCUGUGGACAACUUUUCUACCAGAAAUCUUAAUCCGAUUUUUAACUGUAGCACAUUUUCUGAAAAGAAAUCGGUGUGGGGAGAUACUACAGGGAAGUAAUUUUUCGAUUUUGCUAAGCGUUUUCCCAGCAAAUGGGAAAAACGGGAAAAUCGGUACAAUAUUAAACAAAUUGAUGACAAAGCAUCACUAUCAGCUGAACUUCGCUCAGGAUCGUUUUUUUGUUAGCAAUAGUUUAUCGUUGCAUAGAGAUAUACAUUAAAUUUCUUUUUGUAUCCUACCUUCCCAACUUUCCACCCAAAACAGUGGCUGCACGCGUCCCCAUUAUCUUAGGAAACCUUUUUUGUAUUACAUUAUAUUUGGUAUUAUUAUUUUGAUAUUUGUACAUUAUUGGAAACCGAUUUUAUGAUUUAUGGUCACAUCCCCGUCGGAUGUUUCCCCGUCCAAUUAACCUCAAACAAACCCAUAAACAAUAAAUAAAUGAAUUCUAACGAAUUGUAUAAUAUAGAUAUAAUUAUUACAAGGUUAGUUAAUUUGUCUUUAAUAAAAGUAUUUAUUAUCUAUUGAUAUCAUUGAGUGAGUCGCGGCCGGUUUAGCUGUAUUUAGCCUAUGCGAAAACAUAUUAUCUAUAACAAUACCGAAAUAAUUUAGAUAAAAGCAGUGGAGUAGGUACAUACUAGUGUAAUGGUAGUUAGGCCCUCCGCACACGAGGCGAUUGCAACGCGACACGAUUCUUGCGCGAUUUAUGCGAUACGAGCGAUCUGUGCAAUUACGGAGACGCACACGAUGCGAUUGUCGUGCGAUUAUUAUUAUCGUUGUUUAUGUGUUAUUCGGUUAUCAUCAGUCGUUUACUGACGUUUGCGCAGUUCUUUGGUUACCUUUUUUAAAAAUGUCAAGUUCGUCCAGUGACGAAGAAGCGAUUGAUACGUACUAUUUGUACAAAAAGUUGGUUUGUGGAAAAAAGCAAGAAAAGAAUCUUCGAAGGAAGUUUUAGAAAAAUUAUAGAGUUUUGGAUGUUUUUAAAUUUCAUCAACAAAUUUAAUAUUGAAUGUCUCCAUAGUUAAAAUUAUGUAUAAAUAAAUAAUAUAAUAUAACGAAAAUAAAAAUAUAAUUACGCGCGAUCCGUGCGACGCGACUGCCAAGCGAUCAGCACUGCCGGUCGCACGUGUCGUCCGUCGCUCGCGUCACAGUCGCGUCGCGAUCGCGUCGUUAUCGAAUUGCGUCGUUAGUGGAUCCCCAUUCACUUUGCUAGGAUAUCGCAAGUGGCAAAAAUCGCGUCGCGUGUGAAUCGCCUCGUGUGCGGAGGGCUUUAGUUAUUAACAGUCUUUUGACAACCAUUGUUCUUAUAAUAAUAUAUUUGUCCGCUGAUAAUCUUAUGCGGUCUUGUGUAUUAAAUAUUUUAUUAUAAUUUUAUUUUUUAAAGUUGUAUUUACUUUUUUAUUUCUAAGUCAAUUAUUUAUUAUGGCCUUAAGUUUGAGGUUAAUUGGACGGGGAUACGUCCGACAAGGAUAAUAAUCGGACGGGGAAACGGUGACAGGGAUGUGACCUACUACCGAUUUUCUAGUAACACUUUUUUUUAGGUAUAGGUACUUCUUAAAAAAAGCAAAAAAAAAUAAAAAUAAUAAUAACUUAAUCAUCAUUGUAGUUUUUGGGGUGUUCCAUAUGAGCACUCGUAGGUUAUUUUAAAUUGCAAUUUGAAAUUGAAAAAAAAAAAACUAAUAAAUAAGUUAGGAUGGCUUAAAAAUAGGCCAAUAUAUUAGUUCUAUAGAUACAUUUUUGUACAACACAAUUUUUUAACGAACAUUUUAUUUACUAUAGUAAUACCUACAUAAAUGAUGGCACAAUGGGCAGUUGCCUAAAUAUUUUUAAAAAAGACUGAUUGCAAAACUCUUUAUGGAAUAUUGAACCAUUACUUGUGAUUAUCAUUUUAAAUAUUAUACGUUUAACAAAUUAUAUAUUUGCAAUCAAUUUUAAUACUUUCGUACUUACAUUAUUAUUUGGUAUACAUUAAACAUAGUAGGUACAAAAAAUAAUGUAGUAGUAUUAGGUAGGUACAAAAUGUAAACUAUAGUCUAUAAUUUAAUUAUACCUAAUAAUACUGUCCCAUUACUGAUUAUUUUAUUAAAAAUAUCGAAUUAAAUAAUAGGCUUUGUUAAUUCAGAUACCUUAGAUUUUUCUCGGAAUGUUUUAAGUUUUUCAAACUCGGUCAAGUCGCCUUCUGGAUAUUUAAAUGAGAAAUUAUCGAAAAGCGGGUGUCGUAAAAGUUGAUCGCACGUCCACCGUCUUAAUGGAUCUUUUUCUAAACACAUCUAUAAUUUAAAAUAUAUAUAUAUAUAUUUAGGUUAGGAUUGUUAGGAUGGAUAUAUUAAUAUAUUAUAUAUGUACUCAUUGAAUUACGUACAUAUUAAUAUAUUAUAUUUUAUGCCAACUUAAAAAAAAAUGUCGAUUAAUUUUUAAAUUAUUAUGUAUAAUACCUUUAAAAAGUCCAGUAAAUGUGGAAUCGUUAACGCUUGUUUAGGAAGUUUCUUGUCCAAAGGUUCAACGAUUUCGGGUUGUGGUAAACUUAUACCUCGAAAAAAUUCAUUCAUUUUAAAAAUGUGCAUGUGUCUCGCAAUUAAAUCACCUAAAAUACAGAUAAUUAAAUGAUUUUAUGCUAAGAGAAACAUAAAAGUAUAUUCUGAAAAUAAUUCUUUCUUUUUUUCUCCUUCUUUAAAUCAAAAGUAGAAUACAAAGUACAAUGUAUUAAAUUAAAAAUAAGUCGAUCUCCAUAUUCAGAAAUUAUUUAUUUAUAUAUCUAUAGAUUCGAGUUGCCAUACAGCUUAUUUUAUAAGGAGUAAAACGUUGGAAAUAAAUAUGCAUAAUGAAUUCAAUUUACGUAGGCAUCUCAACAUUGUACUAUGUCGUUAUUUCAUUAUUUAUUUGCAGGAAAAACUAUGGGUACAAAUUGUAAUAUUUUCUAAAUCAGUUUUCUUUUUUUUUUAAGUGAAAAAAUUCAUCAAGAUAAAUUCAGUACGGCAUGUCGUGAACUAUUUUUUGAUUUAUGUGAUUAUGAUUGUUUAAUCCAGUUAAACUUUUGAAAACUUAAAACGAGAUUUUCAUCAUAAAUUGUACUCAGUGGUAAAAAAAAAAGUCGAGUGUAAUAUAGUAGUUUUUUUUUUAUACAGUUUAUUAAGUUAAAAUUCUGAAAAAAUUUGUAAAUAUUACGGUAUUUUAAAAUAAGUUUAACGGAACUUCGCUCAGAAUCAGUGGCGGGUCUACGGGGGNGGGGGGGGGGGGGGGGAAUAAAUCUCCCUCGCGGGUUAAAAUAUGUUUUUGCUUAAAUCAACCAUUGCUGCUCAUAAUUGGUAUCUUGAUUAAGGCUAUACUGGUUAUAAUGUUUUCAACUUCACAGCUAUUGGUUUUACAAUGCUGUUUAUUUCUUUUUUUUUUCCUUUUCUUUAUUCUAGUCUGUGGAAACGUUUUUUCCUAGUAAACUUGCUCCGAUUUUUAUGUGUAGCAAAUUUUCUGAAAGCUUAAGUUGUCUAGAUGGUAUUUUAGAGAGGUUAUUUUUUAAGGCACUUAAGUGGGAAAAAACGUAGGAAAACGUAAAAUUUCACGAUCCUAUAACCGCCACUGCUCAGAAUCGUAUUUCGUUAGCUAGGAUUCAAGGUUGCGUAUACAGAUAUAAAUUAAAUAAUGUUUUGUAGUUUACCUUCUCAAAUUAUCACCAAAAACCAGUAACACGACCCGUCUACACUAAUAUUAGCUCUUUUUUAACAUUUAUAAUUAAAUAUUGUGCUAUUAAUUUGAUACGACUUUCGACUAAAUUAAAACUAUUAUGGACUAGUAUAUACUAUUUUAAAAUUUUACCUAAUGUAGAUCGAAUUAAAUACAAUUGAUCAACGUCGGAUUUUCCCGGCCAAAGAGCUUCCCCUCUCACGAGUUCGGCACCAACGCAUCCUAAACAUGUUUAAAAUAAUAUUUAAAUAAGUGUUUAGGCAACUAAAAAAAAUGUGUAGGUCAAAAAUAUAAAUUACAUAAAACACCUUCAUAUUAUAUUGGAUAGUUUUACUAGGUAUUUGAAGUACGAUUUGAAAUCAAAAUAACCCUAAAUUGUAUUCCUAAAUUUACAAACGUUAUCGAUAUAAAAUUAAAAAUAAUCAACUGCACGCAAUAAUAUCACCGUGAAAUUGAUAAAUCUAAAUAUUUAAUGCUUAUUCAUAUUAUACAAUUUAAAUUUAUUAUUGUUAAAAUAUGUUUAAAUUGUGUGCGUAUCUCAAAAUCUUAAAGUAUACUUAAUUAGAAAAAAACAAUUUUUUCUUUUUGAAUAUUUAUUAUGUUCACUUUAACUGUUGAAUAUAUUCAAAAAUGUGUUUAAAUCAUAUUAAACAUUCGAUUUUUGUUAAAACAUCGUUAGCUUUUAAAUUUACUUUUAAAAUUAUAUUUUGACCGAAUAAUAAUGUAAUCAUUUAUUUAGAACUUAUCGUUUUUUUUAUCUUUAAAUAAAAUAUCAAAAAUGAAUUUACUUACCGAUUGCCCAGACAUCUACCGAUGGGCCAUAUAGCGUGUCGCCCACUAAUAAUUCCGGAGAUCUGUACCAUCUAGUUGCAACGUAAUCGGUAUAAUUUUCACCCGGAUCUGUGAAGUUAAUAUUAUAUUAAUUAAUUUUUUUUUAUAUAAGUGAUAAAUUAAGAAACAAUGAUUUAUUCGAAAUUAAUUUUAGCUAUUUUUAAAAUUUAAAUUGCGAUCUAACUCAUUAAUCUAGCGAAUCCGAAAUCACAAAGUUUCACCACUCCUUGGGAAGUGAGUAAUAUAUUUUCCGGUUUUAUGUCUCUGUGUAUACAGUUAUGACGAUGACAGUACGCGACGGCCUGUAAUGUUUGCCAAAUAAUCUGCUUGGUAAAUAUUUCUGGGCAGCCAUAUGGAUGUCUUUCGAGCUCGUGGAGUACUGUGUGCUCACAGAACUCGAAUACCAAAUGAAGUUUUCGUUUGCGCCGAAACACUUCGAGCAAAUUCACCAAAUUUGGAUGUUUUAACGUCUAAAAUAUUUAUAAAUUACAGCUUAAUUAAAUUUAUAGUGUAAAGUUAUGAAUUAUCCAUUAUAAAUAUUAUUUAAAGAUCUUCAAAUGUCUCGUUUUCCACUUUCUCUGGAGUACCUCGAGACGCUAUGCUCUCUCCUCUUCUUUUCUGUAUCUUUAUAUAACCUACCUAGUCUGUAAUUAAACAUGUUUUGUUCUUAUUUUCGUCGAUGAUAUGAAAGUGAAAAACAAGACUGUAGUUUUGUGUUUUUUCCCUAUCCGACUGUCAUCUCUUACAGUCAGGUUUAAAUCGGAUGUUUACGUGAGGUAAUUCCCUUAGCCUCUAUCAAAACAUGUCCAAAUGCUCGGUCAUGCAUUUUUCCCGUAUUCAAUAUUCAUAUCCCUAUUAAAUGUAGGCAUUUAUUGCAUUAAUAACUUAGCGAUUUUCCGAACUCUCUGUUCUUAAUCUUGGCUUUUCCUUGUCUUCUACUCUUUCCUCCCUUAAACACAUUGAAGUAGCUUACUGGCAUCAGCUGAAAGAAGUUUUUCUACAAUGAAAAGGAUAAAAACUUAUUUACGGACAUCUGUGUCAACUGUACGCCUUCAUAAUUUAGCAUUAAUUUUAAUUAAGAGGGAAUUCAGUUUCGAGUUAAUCGAGGAUCCUACAAAGAUUGUUGAAGAGUUUGCUAAAUUGAAAAAAUAGAAAACUUUGGUUCACCAAAUAAUUAUAUUUUAUGUACUUAUUAUUAAAACAAAACUAUUGUUUCAUUUGUAUUAAUAUAUUAUUCAGUUAAAACUUAAUUGAAAACUUAAUUUUGCUUAUUAAUAUCUUUAAAUAUUAUAAACAAGUAAAACAGAAGGAAUUGUGUUGUAUUAUAUUAUAUGAUCAUUUUUUCUAAUUAAAUUUUAAGAAGGUUAUAAAAUGUUUCCAAAAAAAGAAAUAACGUGUACUUAUAACCGGACCAGUCCUACAUUUGGAUUCUGGGCAUGCCUCUGGUCUCCUCUUUUUCUCAGUUUAUCCCGUAUUAUUUAAUAAAUAAAUAAAUUAGAUACUUCUAAAACAUAAUCGUUAUUAAUAAUUACUAUAGCUGACAUUUCUAAUGUAAUCGAAAACAUGUUAAUAACUUAAAAAUACUUAUUUGACUUUUUUUAAACUUAUUUGAAAAUAUAACUUACCUUUAGCAUACGUAUUUCACGAAGAGCGAUUUUUCUAAUUAGUGGAUCGUCCUCAGACUCGACAAAUUUUUUUAUAGCUACUAUUUGACCAUUUUCUCGAUUUCUACAUUUGAACACCAUUCCAUAACUCCCUUCACCCAAUUUACCUAGACGCUCGUAGCGUUCCAUCAAUUUCAACUUGGAGCUGGGUCCAUGUCUGAAAUAAGCCAAAUGUAUGUAUUUAUAAUCAAAAUAUCUGUAAAAUAAUUAUUAUUUUUAAACCAAUUUCAAGUCAUUGCAAUUUAGAAACAUUACCUGUGUAUUGUUCAUUACCGUAAUUUUUCUUAAUUGUAGUUAAAUAUUUAAUUUCACUAUAGUUUUGUAAUCGAAUGUGUAAAAAUAAAAUAUAUUAUUUUUAAUGAUUUGUGCAUAUUAGAAGGAUGUCAGCGUGAGCAUUUUUAUAUUUAAAACAUGUGUCAAAAAACCGUUUUAUUUAAAAAUCAAUAUUAUUUGGUGUAAAACAGCAUAUGAUGGAAAUUAAAGAACUCAACUUCAUUUAGAAAAUGAAAUAUCUAUUCAGUGACAAGGGUAGUGUUCUGAAAGUUAAAAUAUUCACAAAUAAAAAAAGAUCUGAUACUGGGGACGGGUUAGGUUAGGUUCUGUUGUAGGUGGAUAGUGGGGAAGGUGGAAUACGAAAUGUUAUUUCAUUUAUACCUGUAACCAACGAUAAACCAUUGAUAAUGAAAAACAAUUUGGAGAAAAGUUUGAUUAUACAUGUUUUGAAAAGUUUUAACAUUUACGAUUUUCGUCAAAAUUUGAUUUUAACUCUUAUAAAAAACAAAAUACUACAUUAUACUCAAGUUUGUUUGUCCAUUAUAUACGAUUUUUAAUGAACCUCCUGGUUCCUGUCAAAUUUUCAAGCAUAUCUGUAUAGUCCAAUAAUUUUAUAUCCACAGAGUACACUAAAAUUAAAAUUAAUAUUAACUAAUAUUAUUCGGUUACAUAAAAUAAAUAAACAUGAAUGAAUAAAAUAAAUAAAUAAAAUAGUAAAAAAUAAUAAUACAAAAUUAUUAACCUAACUUACCAAAUAAAAAUUACGUAAAAAACUCGAAAAAAUAAAUGUCUAUAAGUAAGUCAAAAAUGGCUCAAAUGUUUUGAUAAUUUGAUCACGUCUAAAAAAGGCAAAUAUAAGUUUUUUAUCAAAAUUUCUUGAUUUUAUGAAUGCUUUAAAUUUAAUUAUAUUAAUAAAAAAAAUCUAAUAAAAUAUUUAUUUUCAUUAAUUUUCCCGUUCUUUCUACGUAUAUUUCGGUUUUGCCCAAUUAUUAAAAAACUACAAAGAUAAUAAAACAACUACAUUCUUGCUCACCGACAAAAUAAAAAAUAAAAGAUUUCUUUGGUGAUUUCUGGUAGGAAACAUAAGCUGUAAAGUAGUAAGUUAUACACCGGUUCUCAGUAUCAGCUCUUUUGUUGCUUUUCUUUAUGUUUUUAUAUUUAGUAAUUUUAAAUUAGUUUAUUUAAAAAAUUGUUUUUUAAAAAAAAACCUACUCAAAAGUUUAAAUAUAAUGUACAGUUUGCAAUUAUCUAAGCUCUUAUAAGGUUUGAAUCACGGUUAUAGGACAACUAUUUUACUGAUUAUAAUUGAAAUGUAUAUGUCUGAUAAUUAUUGUGUAAUGUCAGGGCUAUUGAAUUAAAUCAUUAAAAUUUUGCAUGAACUAGUUCAUGGAAUUUUGUGAACAUUUAAACUAGGCCACACCCUUCCAGCUCUAAAUUUUUGUUGGUUCAGUGAUCUCAUUAAAAUAUUAGAUUAAUUUUUUCUACUAUUAUAUUACGGAGAUAUUGAUAAUAACUAAUAUUAAUUAUACAUUUAGCAUCAAAGCAACAAUUUAGAUUUUGACAUGAACAAUAAUAAUAAUAAUAAAAAAAACUUAAAAUAUGUUACUAUUAUAAUUGUUUAGUAAUUAUAUAGUAUUAAUAACAUAACAAUGUUAUUAUUAUUGUUAAUUAUUGUUUGAGCUAAUGUUUUAAAUAAAUGUAAUUUACCUAUGUAUUAUACAUAGGUAUAGAAAAAUAUUUUAAAUUACCUUCCUAUGUGCGAACGGACAGAAAAUGUGCUCGUUUUCUAAUUAUUGCUUAUAAUUAUUAAUUAGUGAAAAAGUUGAAUUAAAAAUAUUUUUUACCUUCGUGGAAGCAGCGGUAAGUUAUAACCAUACAGCCACAGACCUUUAUCGGGCAAACAUUCGCCCAUAUAUAAGUAUGAAUUACGACACCAACAGCAACAGCAACCUCACAACAAAACUAAGGCCGAAUCAAUAUUAUUGAUUUUUUUGGUCGCACUAUUAUACGGUUUUGUUUUUAUUUCAGUAGGUGAAAUAGUUGUUACGUAUAAUAAAUUAUUACUUUACGUGUAUACAUAUAUUUAUACCUGUACAAUAUAUAUGUAUAUAUAUGUAUAUAUGUAUAUAUCUACAUUAUUCCUAAUACAGUAACAUGUUGACCUAAAAUAUUUUUGAAUAUACUAAUUCCUUUGCAGUUUAUAUCUAAUUUAAUACGGGUGUUAAACGAAUAUAUAUUUUUAAUUUAAAUACAGCAAUGUGUCCAAGAAAAUUAAUUUCAUAAUACCUACCUUACUUAAAACUUGCUAACUAGGUAUCAUAUUAGCUAUCACAGCGCACAUUUAUUAAUAUGUUAAUAGAAAUAUGUCAAUGUUUCUAUAUCUAUUAAAAUUAAUGAUUAGUACUUAUUUGUCUUCAUUUAUAUGAAUUAAACGUAAACAAACAUUUAUACAUUUUCAAUUGAUUUCAAUUAACUUUCAAUUGAUUUUUAUUAUUUUUAAAUGAAAACACUUGUCGAUUGACUUAAGAAUAGGUUUCUAGAAUUUAAAACAAAAAUGUUUAUAUAAAUUAAUACAUUAUAGUUAAGAAACUGUAACGAGAAAAUAAUAUAGGUAUUAAAAAAUUACGUUUAUACAAUAAUAUGAUUGUAGUAUGUUCGGGUGUUUCUAUCAAUUUUAUUGAGAGUAUAUAACAACUUGUGUCAUACAUGCAUGAGGUAUUUCCUAUCUUUCUUAUGGUUUAUACCAGUGGUUUUCAACAUUUUAUUAAUCGAGACCUAUUUUUUUUUUCAUGUAAGAUCCCUUCGAAAAUUGUUUAAUAGAAUUUUAAUAAUGCAAUAUUUAUAGUACACAUGAUACUUAUGGUUUUUGGCGACCUCCUAACUAUCACUCGCGUCCUUAAAGUCGAAAACCACUAGUUUAUACUAUAAAGAAAUAUUAACUAUGCAAACAUUAAAUUACCUACUAUAGUAAAACACUCAAAAUGAAAAAAAAAGUAUUAUAAAUCGUAAGAAAAUUGUAAAUUUUUUGUUAUAAUUACUGAGAUAAAUAAAAUUUGUUUUUACUAUUACGAAUUGAACGGAUAAUGAGAAUACCUAAAUAUAUCAUGACGAUUUAUUUUUAAAGACUAUUUGAGAGUAUACGCAUUGUACCAAGGCUUUUUUGCGGGCUCCAGUGUAAAUAUUUAAAUAAAUAUUCUUUAAUUAAAUAAUAUAGGUAUUAUACUACAGUUAUAAAUUAUAAAUUUCAAACAUUUAUCACUGAAAUUAAAUAAGGCAUUUUAGAUUAUUAGUGUAACGAAGAACGUAUUUUUAUUUUAUUUUCCAGGUAAAAUGGAAAUUUGCGUGGACAGUAUCGAAUCCGGUGUAAACGCUGCUAUUGGCGGAGCUCAUCGGUUGGAGCUGUGCAGUUCAUUAAUCGAAGGAGGACUUACUCCAUCGUUGGGUCUUUUCAAAACUUUAAAAUCUAUGGUUACGAUUCCUAUUUUUGUCAUGCUCAGACCAAGAGGUGGUUACGAUUUCCAAUUUUCAGAUUCAGAAAGAAAAGUCGUACUGCAAGAUUUGACUUUAUUCAAAGAAGCUGGGGCCGAUGGUUUUGUAUUUGGUGCAUUAAAUGCGUGUGGUGGUAUUGAUGUUGCUUUUUGCGAAUCUGUUAUUUUAGCAUCUAGUCCAUUGCCCGUAACAUUUCAUCGUGCAUUUGACGUGGCCACAGAAAAUCCAAUAAUCAUGGCUCAAAAAAUUGCUGAGUUGGGUUUUACACGUUUACUGACCAGCGGCAGGAGAUCUGAGGCGAUAAAUGGAAUAUUGUUGAUUAAAACCUUAAUCGAAAAAAUGAAAGGUCGUUUAAUUAUUAUACCCGGAGCUGGUAUUAAAAUUGAAAAUCUUAAAGCCAUUCUAUCUACUACAUCAGCUCAUGAAUUCCAUGGAUCGGCAAAAAUUUUGAAACAAUUUGCAUAUCCAAUUGACAAUUUAUUUUUGAAUAAUGAAACUAACCCAGUAUAUAUUACGCACUGUGAAACCGUAAAACAAUUACUUAAAAUUUAUAAUGACUAUUAUAAACAAUAUGAGUAAAAAUAUGAUUAUGGUUAUUAAUAUAUAUACAUGGUUGUAUAUCUAAUAGUUUUACUAUGAUGUAUAUUUUUUUUUAUUCCUUUUUUUUACGUCUGUGAGGGUGAGAAACUUUUCUACCAGUUAUAUUGCUUCAAUCGUUUUUUUUUUUUUAUUAUCUAAUUAGUUUUGAUAAUAAUUGGGAAAAACCGGAAAAAGACGAAAAACUAAUUUUUUUUGUAUUGUUGAUGUCGAUCGUAAGAAAGUAAUUUUUUGAUUUUCCUUGUAGUUUUUGUAAUAAUGGAGCAAAACCGAAAAAACAGAAAACAGGAAAAUUUAAAAAAAUAACGCCUUUAUUAUUAUAAAUUUAAAAAAUAUAUAUAUAUUGCUUAUUCUAGAUGUGGUAAAAUUGUAAAAAACAUUUGAGUUAUUUUUGAGCUAUUUAUUGAUUUAUUUUUAUUUAGUAUAGUUGAGUCGCGAUAAUUCGAAGUAGAAGGCGGAUAAAAAUUCACUUUAAGAUAAGGGAACACGGGGUAAAGUCGAUACAGAAGCAAAACUGAUAUUAUUUAUAACGCAUUAUUCUAUGGAUGAAAAUAAUCAGUUUUAGAUUUAUUACUUUGGUUAUCAUGAAACAUGUUUUUUUACCACUUUUAACAUCAACUGCAACGUUUUUUUUUAAAUUUUUAUUCGAUAACGAACAUUUUGAAGGCAAUUAUUAUUAUAUUUGCAUGUUUUGUAUUUAAUAUUAAACUAUGAUAGAACUUUACUACAAUUAUCAUACACGUCUAGUAUGAAUCUACAACUCGUAAAGAUUGUUUUGCAAUCACUAACCUAAUUUUAUCUAAAACUAUUGUGUAAGUAAUCAACAAUUUAGGUUAAGUUAGGUACCUGCCAUACCAUGCAUCGGUAAUGCCCCGGUUUCGGGGUAAGACCGAUAAGAUAUUAAAAAAAAAGUUAAUAACUUGUUAAAAAAAAAAAAUAUGAAUGAUAUUCACUGUAUUGUAAUUAAAUAUUGUAAAUAAGAAAUAACUUAAUGAAUCGAACUUAAUCGAUUUACCCCGUGUUCCCCUAUUAUUCGAGGUACCUACCUAACUCGAAUUUAUCAAAAUUAAAUCAAAACUUCGAGUUAUGUAAUGAAAUAUAAUUUUGAAGUUUUACGAUAAAAAAGGUUAUGAUAAAUAUAUGUACAACAUUGUACAUAAAUGUUAUACAAUAACCUAAAUAGAUACAAUGGUAUUAUAAGUAUAUACAUAUGUAUUAUUUAUUAGAUAAUCGAAAAAAAAAUUGGUGUAGUAAUGAUCUUUAGGGAGGUAAAUUUUUGAUUUUCUCAAGAGAUCUCUAAUCAAAUGCGAAAACCCGAGAAAAAACGGGGGGAAACGGGAAAAUGUACGAAAUAUAUUUGUAUAAUAUGUAAUUUACUUCGACCAAACUAUUUAUCACAAUUUUAAAUUUGAGUUAACAAGACUUAUAAUACAUUGAGUGUUAUGAGAAUUUCUUGGGGAAUAACAAAAAAAUCGAGUUAUCAUAUUUUUCGAGUUAUCACGGCUCAAGUUUAUAAAAUUUUUAUCCACGGAUAACAAUCACGUAAAAACUCGUAAUAUUAAUAUGUCUAUAAAUAGCUCAAAAACAGGUAAAAUGUUUUAAACAUUUUACUUCGUCUAGAACUUACAAUUAUACAUUUUCUUUACAAAUUUCAAGUCUCUACAAAUAUUUCAAACUGAAUUACAACAAAAAAACAAUAUUUAAAAUAAUAAAAACAUUCUUUUUGUAAAUUAUCCCGUUCUUUCUACAUUUCUUUUUCGCCUUUGCUUAAUUAUUGAAAAAACUA